UGAAAUGUUAGCCGAUUGUUUAGAAGGUCACACUGCCACAAGCAGCAUCGAUAGAGAGCUCAUCCAGAGCCCCGCAACGAAUGGCUACGGCGGCGUUGUCGCCGGCGACGGUUUCUCUCCGCCUUAAACCUCUAUCCUCCACCGUUCGCUUCUUGUCCUUAUACCACCACCACCAACCAAAACCUAUGAAACUGAAAUACCCAAUUAUGCUCGCUCCCCUUCAUCAACCGCCGCAACCCCGCGUCCACUUCAACUACUUUAACAACUCCACAGCUCACCGUAGAUGCUUUUCUACCGUCGCAUCCGCCACCGUAUCGCCCGGAGAGGUCGUAGAGAAGUCCAAAACCGAAUCUAUCGAGGAACGAGUUGGGGAGUUUCGUAAACGGCUGAGAAUUGUUGAUAUAAAAGGAGGGGAAAGCGAGGGUGUAGAUAGAUUAGGUCAAACGCUAACAGUUAAGGGCUGGGUUAGAACCCUUCGCAUUCAGAGCAGUGUUACAUUCAUUGAGGUGAAUGAUGGUUCAUGUCUAUCAAACAUGCAGUGUGUGAUUGACUCAGAUGCUGAAGGUUAUGAUCAGGUGGAGAGUGGUUUCAUAGCAACUGGUGCCGCAGUUUGUGUACAAGGAGUUGUAGUACCUAGCCAAGGAAAGAAGCAAAAAAUAGAGUUGAAGAUUCACAAACUUGUUACAGUUGGAAAGAGUGAUCCAUCAUUUCCUAUUCAAAAGAAAAAAGUCACAAGAGAAUUUUUAAGAAGCAAGGCGCAUCUUCGCCCUAGGACAAAUACUUUUGGUGCAGUAUCUAGGGUUAGGAAUGCUUUGGCUUAUGCUACACAUAAAUUCUUUCAAGAAAAUGGAUUUGUUUGGAUUGCAAGUCCUAUAAUUACAGCUGCAGAUUGUGAAGGUGCUGGUGAACAAUUUUGUGUAACCACAUUGAUACCAAGCUCGAAAGAAGCUAUUGAUUCUCCAGCCAGUUCCAUCCCAAAGACAGAAAAUGGCUUAAUCGAUUGGUCACAAGAUUUUUUUGGAAAGCCUGCAUUCUUGACAGUUUCUGGUCAACUCAAUGCUGAAACAUAUGCAACUGCUCUUUCUGAUGUGUAUACAUUCGGUCCUACUUUUCGGGCAGAAAAUUCCAACACUUCUAGACAUUUGGCAGAAUUUUGGAUGAUUGAGCCCGAGCUUGCAUUUGCGGACCUGAAUGAUGACAUGGCAUGUGCCACUGCCUAUCUCCAGUAUGUCGUGAAACAUGUUCUUGAAAAUUGCAAAGAAGAUAUGGAUUUCUUCAACAAUUGGAUUGAGAAAGGAAUUAUCGAUCGUCUAAGUGAUGUGGUUGAGAAAAGCUUUGUGAGAUUGACUUACACAGAUGCAGUGGAAUUGCUUUUGAAAUCAAAGAAGAAAUUCGAGUUUCAGGUGAAAUGGGGAUGUGAUUUUGCAAAGUGAGCAUGAACGUUACAUAACCGAAGAGGCUUUCAAUGGAUGCCCUGUUAUUAUCACUGAUUACCCAAAGGAUAUUAAGGCGUUCUACAUGCGCCAAAAUGACGAUGGCAAGACUGUUGCAGCCAUGGAUCUACUUGUCCCACGGGUUGGUGAGCUUAUUGGUGGAAGUCAAAGGGAAGAACGCCUUGAUUAUUUGGAAAAUCGUUUGGAUGAAAUGAAUCUGAAUAAGGAGAGUUUUUGGUGGUAUCUUGAUCUUCGGCGUUAUGGUACAGUUCCACAUGCGGGUUUUGGUUUGGGUUUUGAGAGGCUUGUGCAAUUUGCAACUGGAAUCGACAACAUUCGAGAUACAAUACCUUUCCCUCGAGCCCCUGGCUCAGCUGAAUUUUAAUAUUUAAUUUAAUUUUUUUUACAAUCAAUACUUGUAUCUUAU